CACUCUCGUAUGCGCGCGCGCGCGCACACACACUCACGCGCUCAGUCUCAGAGUGGAGGUCCGGGCGCGAGCAUGGCGCAGGAGCAGAGCGCGCGUCACCGAAGCGCAGAGUUUAAUCGGACCGACCUGUAGUCUAUAGUGUGUGUGUGUGAGAGAGUGUGUGUGUGUGUGUGUGUGUUCUGUCCCGAUAUGAAGCGGGGCUCAGCGCUCGGAUGGCUGCUCUUCUUCUGCACUUUAUUUCCAGCGGGAUUUUUAUCAUUAAACCGGGAGAAACCGAGACACUGCAGCAGGGAGCAGACGAGAGAUCUGAACUCGUUCCUGUGGACGGUGAAACGUCCUCCCCCCCAGCCGCCCUCCUACCUGUUCGGCACCAUCCAUGUGCCGUACACACGCGUCUGGGACUUCGUGCCCGAGAGCUCCAAGCGGGCCUUCCAGAGCAGCACGAGCGUCUUCUUCGAGCUCAACCUCACCGACCCCGUGACCGUGUCCGAGCUGGCCAGCUGUCAGCUCCUACCUAACGGAGAGAGCCUGAGGAGUCUGCUCCCCCGGGACAUCUACCUCCGACUGAAGCGGCACCUGGACUACGUGAGACACAUGAUGCCGGCGUGGGUGAGGGCCGAGCAGCGCUUCUACGCCGACUACCUGUUCAAGGCCAUCGCAGGAGACUGGGAGCGCAAGCGUCCCGUCUGGGUGAUGCUGAUGGUCAACUCGCUGACGGAGUGGGACGUCAGGUGGCGCGGCGCUCCUGUGCUCGACCUGUUCCUCGCCCGCGAGGCCGAGCGCAUGGGCAAGAAGACCGGAGCUGUGGAGAACGUCGAGGAGCAGUGUCACCCGCUGAACGGACUCAGCUUCUCACAGGUUCUGUUUGCACUGAAUCAGACGCUGCGGCAGCUUGAAGAUGUCCGCGAGGGAAGUGUUCAGGGUCCCUUCACUACUGAGGAUCUCAUCUCACACUACAACUGUGGAGACCUCAGCUCCAUUAUUUUCAACCAGGACACCUCACAGCUCCCUCACUUCCUGAACAGUUCCCUGCUGGACCACGAGCGCUCCACGGCGCAGCAGAUCGACAGUUACCUCCGGCAGGAGCUCAUCUACAAGCGCAACGAGCGGAUGGCGCACCGCGUCUCCGCCCUCCUUCGGAAGAGCCCCGCCCAGAGCUUCUUCUUCGCCUUCGGCGCGGGUCACUUCCUGGGCAACCACAGUGUCCUGGACAUCCUGCGGCAGGAAGGCUAUGAGGUGGAACACACACCGGCCCAGGAGCCGGCUACAUCGAGCUGGCAGGAGACGGAAGGUACCACCGUGACGCAGAGCGUAGGAGGUCCCGAGCUGGCGACAGAGGGAACGGCAGAACCUACUGAGGUAGAAGAGGAGCGACCCCACCUGCUGGAGCCGGACAGUCUGAGUCAGUUGGAGGAGUUUGGGAAACACCAGCGCCCCCGGAAGGCCCAGAGGCCGCAUAGCAGGCAGCGACUCUUCAGCGACCUGUGGGUGCGAAUCGGAUACAGCACGACUUCACUUCCGAAUGUACAGAGAACCGACGACUACGCGACGACGAGAACGUGGCUAAAGCUCCAGGAAGAUCAGCAGCGGAGAAGAUCGUCCUCUAGUAAUCUACAGGAGACUCCGCCCCCCAGAUCUAUGGGCUCGGCCACGCCCACUCCAGCACUGCCUUUCAUGAUCACGUGCCUUCUCACACAAGUGCUGAUGCGCUUCACGUCUUGACCACCAGAGGGAGCCAGAAACACACAAACACCCACGAAAAAAACAAACACAGACAAUUGUUUUUGUUUUGUUUUUGCAAUCAUUUUGUGUAAGCAAAGAAAACAACAACAGGCUGCACAUAAAGCUAAGCCUUAUUUAAAAUGAAAUACACCUAGAUGUUACGUAACAAGGAUUUGAAAUGAUCUGAUUGAUCAUAUAAAAAUAUUACAGACCAAAGCGGAGUCUACUCAUCAUUACACUCAAUAGAAUAAAUUAAUAAUGAAAAUACCAAUAAAAAAGAAUAAAGCUAACACUUUUAACAACAUUGAAAUAUUGUUGUUAAAAUAAAACAUCCUGUGCCAUGCUGUAAUAGGAACAUCAUCACUGACAGGGUAAUGUGAUGAAUCCGUGUUACUGUUACAACACAAGCGGAAUUAUUUUCCUUUACUUUAUUUCCAAUUUCAGAGCAUCAUCCGUGCCAUUUAUUUUGUAAUUGUGUUUAAUAUUGUAGAACGGCCAUGAAACACAUGUUUUCACUUACCUUACAGCAGCUAUAACUGCUAUAUGACUUUUUUUCUCGUGUUACAGAGAAACUGCAAACUGUAAAAGGAUUACUGUAUAUAACUCUAUCUGGCUGUUACAAUGCACUGACACUGGAGACUCCUUCCAUCAAUGCUACAUAAACAAUUACAGACGUAUUUUUAAUCUGUUAAAGUGGAACACUUUUUGUACAAGUUCCUAUGAACGAGCUGUUAACAUAGAAAUAAUAACAUAUCAUAAUAAACGCAUUAAUAUUCACCUGAGAGCACUGCUGUUAGAGGAAAUGUCCCGGCCAAUCAGAAUCCAGAAUUUCAUUGACAUGGUAUUAAAAUAUUAUUAAAUGUUGUACUAAGUAUGAACAGAUUUUAAGCAAUAGAUACACUAUUUUACACACGAAAUGGUGCGAUGCGAAUACAAAUGAAACAUUUACCGCCUAAAAAAGGGUAACAUAUAUAGAUGCAAUAAUUAUAAUAAUGAUAAUAAUAAUGUGAUAACUGACAGAGUUCACAUUUAUGUUUUGUACAAUUUUGUUCAUAAAGAAAUAUUGUAUAUUUAUUAU